AUGCCGAGCCUGCGAUGCGUGUACAACAACCAGCCAACAGCUCGAAUUCCCGAGAGUUAUCUGGAUCCCGGGAUGCAGCAGCAGCACGACUCGUUGGUUCUGAGCAGUCACGCGCAUAUGGUACCUCAUGAGCAGUCCAUCUUUGGCCAGCAGCCCUUUGAUGAGGUGCAGGAGAUGGAUCUUUUUAAUAUGGAUGUUGCGCCCAUGACUGAUGUGUCGCUGGGGUUUGUUGAUAUGGAUUUCUUUGGGAUGAGUGAUUCGCACUCGAAAUCAGCUUCUAUUGAUUCAACGAAUUCGCUUCUUCAAGGUCUGUCGAGAUCACCAUCGUGGACAACUUCCAGUCUUCCUUCAACAAUGGCUAGCAGUAUCACAAACUCACUACAGAACAUGCCUCUGACUCAAACCAAGAGCUCUGGAAGGUCCUCAGCAUCCCAAACCAGAGAAACCGAAUAUUCCUCUAUUGAAGACCAUGAGAGCCAUUGGUAUGAGCCAUUCUCCAAAUGCGAGAAGUUCAAAUUUCUCGUGGACAGCCUUUCUGGAGAUGAUAUCCAUCUUUCAUCUGAGCAAGAAGCCCUUCGGCCAUUAUUUGAGUCGUACAACAGGCUCUUUCGCGAUGUUCGAAGAACCCACGAAAGCAAACUCGCCACUGAGAACUCUGUCUCAACUCAAAAUGGUGCGCGUAGCAUGCUCCCAGCAAGAAGGACAUGCGACUCACUUGUUGAUGCAUAUAUCAAGACUUUUGAGUCUGUGCUACGCAUCAUUCACGUCCCGUCAUUCCUGAGAGAUUAUGAACACUUCUGGGAAGAUUCUGCUUCAUCAAUCUCAAGCACUGAUGAGACAUUCCCCUGCAAGCUACUUCUAGUGGCAGCACUUGGAUCCAUCACUUUCACCCCAACAGACUCACAGCAGGAUCAGGCCACUUCAUGCCGAGAGCAUUCAAACAACUGGAUCUCCUACGUCAAAGACUGGCUCGCCCGCAAGAGCAUGAAGGGCAUGCGAGGAGAUCUAAGUAUGGCACAGAUCGCCUGUCUUUUAGCCCUGACACGUCACACGCACCACCAGGAUUCGGCCCCCAUGGGCGUAGCAUGGCUUUCCGAAGGACACGGUCUAACUCACAUGGCCGUUCAAAUGGGUUUACAUCGGGAACCAAGAGUCCGGUCGCCGAAUAUAUCCGCGAAGGAAGCCGAGAUACGGAGACGGCUUUGGGCUACAAUGUUAGAGUUGUCGUUGCAGGUUUCUGUCGACCAGAGUCUCCCGGCUCCCAUCGCGCCGGAGAGCUAUGACUGUGAGGUACCGAGUAGUAUUGCGGAUGAUGAUCUGGUGCUGGGGGUCGAAUCACAGAGUAUGAUCCAGUCAUCAGUUCUCAUGCUCCUUGCGCAAACUCAAAGGCUGCGUCUUCGGAUUCUCCAACUUGUGAAUGCACCUGGAUCUUCAAAGACGUAUCAGGAAUGCCACGCUCUUGCAUCCGAGCUCAAUGCGGCAUGUUCCGUCGGUGAAUCCAAGCUAGAUUCACAACUCAGCGACUUCCAGAAUAGCCUCUUGACUAGAUUUACUAAACCGUUUGUGUUAGCACUGCAUGAUGCUUUUGCCGAAGAAGCAUAUUCGAAGCCCGAAUACUACUAUUCACGAAGAAUGCGAAUGGAGAUCUCAGCACAGCUACUAUCAUCUACAGCAAACCAAGGCUCGUACUCAGCACUAUUUAUCAACGGGUCAGGGCAGUUUUCCGUUACGCAGAGACAGGCCACAAUGUCCCUAUGUCUCGAUCUAAUCCGGGAUUUUGAAGAAGAAUCAUUUCCCAACCUGGACAGUGGUUCCCGCGCAAAACUCCGAGAUAUUCUAUCUAACACAAUUACAACGUUCAAAAGACGUGUCGAAGCAUCAAGGGGAUCGGAUACAACAGAAGAGUUUAUCUUAUUCUCAUGUGCAUUAUCAUACAUUGAGAGCCUACAGCGAAAGGAGGACGGUAAAAAGGUGGCCAGGAGGAUUAACGAAACUGCAAAGAAUGUGCUCGGAGUCUGCUGUGAUACAAUGGAGAAGCAGAGGCGGAGGGAGUCACUCGCAGAGACAGAUAUUUGGAUGGGCCGAUAG